GGUCAUUUCUCUGGUCUCAGGCGAAGGAAAACAAAUAACGUCAUGUGUCUGCGUCGCGGGCGGAACGUCAUCUCUAAGCGACAUCUUCGGCGUUAAAAGCAUGGCUGGUACUGAUACAGAAAAGAAGCCGGUUUUGGAGAUGGUCCAAGCGGAUGGCGCUGAUGAAGGCUGUGUGACAUUCGUCCUGCAUGAAGAGGACCACACACUGGGCAAUUCGCUCAGAUACAUGAUCAUGAAGAAUCCUGAAGUGGAGUUCUGUGGCUACAGCAUUACACACCCAUCCGAGAGCAAGAUCAACUUCCGCAUUCAGACACGAGGAGGUCUCCCAGCAACCGAACCUCUGCGCAAGGGCUUGAACGACCUCACCGAUGUCUGUAAACACGUCUUGCACACAUUUGAGGCACAAGUGAAAGACUUCAGAGAACAGCAGGGAGAGGCCAUGGAAUAAUCUGGACCAAGAGGAUUGUCAUAUGAGCAACAUCUGAUGCUGGACUGAUAUUUGCAGAAAGCCAGAGAAACCACUCAGUUUAAAACUCUGUGUACUAACAAACUAUUUAACUAAAACUUUUUUUUUUAUUUUUUAUUUUUUAUUAUUAUCAUCUUUUUCUCCAUAAAGAUAUUGUGUAUAUGAACUUCGUUCAGGAAUUUCUCGGCUCCCAUGGAAGAUGGACUAAAUUUUGCUUUUGUGACAAAUUGCAAAUAAUUAACUCUGGACCGCUGAUUGAUGUGAUUGCAGUGGUUCCGCUCAUGAGUUGGACCAGGAUUUGAGGAUUUGUGCACAAAACAUCAAACCACACCAGUGAUGUUCAGGUUCUUCCCAAUAAACUACGGAAUUGCAAACACUGGCA